GGCUGCGGGCGCCCCGCGACGGCGGCUGGGGCCUGGGCGGUGAGCGCGCUGUGCCUGCUGCUCUCCGUCGGCUCGGCGGCCGCCUGCCUGCUGCUGGGCGCCCAGGCAGCCGCGCUGCAGGGCCGGGUGGCGGCGCUCGAGGAGGAGCGGGAGCAGCUGCGGCGCGCGGGGCCGCCGAGCGCCCUGGUCGCCUGGGCCGAGCCGCACCUGGAGCGCCUGCUGCGCGAGAAGCUGGAGGGACUGGUCAAGCUGCGGACGGUUCGGGAAGCGCCGGCCGAGUGCACCUGCCCCCCAGGCCCCCCUGGACGGCGUGGCAAGCCUGGAAGAAGAGGCGAUCCUGGUCCUCCUGGGCAAUCAGGACGAGAUGGCUACCCGGGGCCACUGGGUCUGGAUGGCAAGCCCGGACUUCCAGGCCCCAAGGGGGAAAAGGGUGCACCAGGAGACUUUGGCCCCCGGGGAGACCAAGGGCAAGAUGGAGCUGCUGGGCCUCCGGGGCCCCCUGGACCCCCUGGGGCCCGGGGCCCUCCUGGCGACACUGGGAAAGAUGGCCCCAGGGGAACAGCAGGCCCAGCGGGUCCCAAAGGAGAGGCUGGACAAGAUGGCGAGAUGGGCCCAAAGGGACCCCCGGGACCAAAGGGUGAGCCCGGCGUUCCUGGAAAGAAGGGGGAUGACGGGACACCAAGCCAGCCAGGGCUCCCUGGACCCCCAGGGCCCAAGGGCGAGCCCGGGAGCGUGGGGCCUCGGGGAGAGAACGGCGUGGACGGCGCCCCAGGGCCAAAGGGGGAGCCUGGCCAGCGAGGCGCCGACGGAGCUGCAGGGCCGCGGGGUCCCGCGGGCCUGAAAGGCGAGCAAGGAGACACGGUGGUGAUCGACUAUGACGGCAGGAUCUUGGAUGCCCUUAAGGGUCCUCCUGGGCCACAGGGGCCCCCAGGGCCACCAGGGACCCCUGGAGCCAAGGGUGAACUCGGACUGCCCGGUGCCCCGGGAAUCGACGGAGAGAAGGGUCCCAAAGGACCGAAAGGAGACCCAGGAGAGGCUGGGCCGACCGGACCCAAAGGGGAAGCAGGAGAGAUGGGCCUGUCGGGCCUCCCGGGCACCGAUGGCCCCAAGGGGGAGAAGGGAGAGCCAGCACCUGACAACCUACAGGAGAGCCUGGCCCAAAUCAUAGUGGAACCAGGGCCCCCCGGCCUCCCUGGUCCCCCAGGACCCAUGGGCCUUCAGGGAAUCCAGGGUCCCAAGGGCUUGGAUGGAGCAAAGGGGGAGAAGGGCACGUCAGGGGAGAGAGGCCCCAGCGGGCUGCCUGGGCCAGCUGGCCCGCCAGGCCUUAUUGGGCUGCCAGGAACCAAAGGAGAGAAGGGCAGACCCGGGGAGCCAGGACUAGAUGGUUUCCCUGGACCCCGAGGAGAGAAAGGCGACCGGAGCGAGCGUGGAGAGAAGGGGGAGCGAGGCAUCCCUGGCCGCAAGGGAGUGAAGGGCCAGAAGGGCGAGCCGGGACCGCCGGGCCUGGACCAGCCCUGUCCUGUGGAGAAUCCUAAAUGCGGAGGCAGGAGAGGGGCGCCGGGCUCGAGGGGCCGCGGGCCCUGCCCUGUGGGCCCCGAUGGGCUGCCCGUGCCUGGCUGCUGGCAUAAGUGAUCCCCAGCACCCGGCUCACAACCUGUACAGAUUCGUGUGGACGUUUUUAAUUUUUGUAAAAACAGAACAGUAAUAUAUUGAUCUUUCUUCACGGGAUGCACUACAUGUGGCCUUUUAACAUUUAAGAGUGUGCCCAGAACGAUCCGCAUGUGAGGCUGGCAGGAAAGUGGAUGGGCAGACAGGGGGAUUGUGUACUUGAGGGGCACCUGCAGGACUUGGCCUUUCCAGGAAGGAGGGAGACGAAGGUGAAAGUGCCUGGCCCAGGAGAGGCUGCCAAGGGGUCGGGUGGGGCCUUCAGCCACUUGACUAGCAGAGACUCCGGCUGCCCCACUGCCCUACGAGAGCCUGCCCCCUGAAACUCUGAGCCGCUGGCGCCCACCCCAUCCAAAAAGGCCCAGGGCUUGGACGGUAAAUGCAGCUGCUCCUGGCCUCUCUGGCCUCUCUGGCCUCUGGCCUCAGCCACAGCCAGCUGCCCACCCUCUCAGGCCCCCUGGGCCCUGGGUUCACCAGGGCAGGACAAGACUCCCGCCUGGCACUUGCAGCUGGAUGCUGGGAGCUGUGGGAAGCGCCCCGAGCAGUCCAGCUGCCACCAAGCUCAGGAGGCCUCCGGAGGCCAGCCUGCGUGAGAACACGUGUCCCCUGGCCCGGAGCAGAGGCCAAGCGCUGUGAUCGCCGCUACGUGGACCCAGCUGCAGGGAGCCCCGUGAUUCCCAAAUGUGGAAGACAGGAGGCCCCAGGCUAGAGUGGCUGCUGCUUCCUGUCUCCACACCCCCCGGAGCAGGGACGUGAUGAGACUUUGCCAGCCUGAGGAGAUGGACCUCCAGCUCAGAGUUUGGGUCUCGCUAGCCCCAGGUCUCCCACCCAGGAGAACUCUGGUCAGCCUGCCAGAAAUGGUCCUCCAGGUGAGCUGUGCGGACGGAGAGCCUCAGGGCUGGUUCCAGCCAGCCAGAGCAGGGUGCCUGUGACCUGAGCCGCCAGUGCUCUGAGAAGAGGCUUCGCCACCUCUGACAAGGGUCCCAGCUGCCAGCCCUGGCCUAGCUACUUGCCUCCCUUCUCUGUGUAGAUGGACAUUGCUGUGUGUAAUAAACCACAAAUGUGUGUCAGGGUGUGCCUGUCCUUGCAGACUGCCCCUGGGGCACCUCUGGGUGAGGUUUCAGCCUGGCCAUUGCUGAGUAGGGACAAAGGGACCCCCACCCCGGGUCCGACCGCCCCAGAAACCAGAGGAAGUAGAUCAGGGUCAGACUCAAGGCCUGGCCCUGCCAAGUGCUAGCUGAGCUCCCUGUCCAGUCACUCACGCCAUGAGCCUGUGUGCUCCUCUGAUCCCCUAGUCAGUGACUGCCGCAGGACAAAUCACCCCAAAACUUGUUGCCUGACACAACCACCCUUUCUAUCUCUCUCUCACAGUUCUGGGGGUACAGGGCUUAGCUGAGGAGUUGUCGCUCAAGCUCCCCCUCACCUAGCAGCUGAUUCUGGCUGUCAGCUGGGACCCCACGUGGCCAGAACACUUCUCUGUGUGGUCUGGGCUUCUUCCCAGCAUAGCUGCUGGGUUCCCAGGGCGAAUGUCCCAGGUGGAAGCUGUGUCGCCUUUUAUGGCCAAGACUCAGACGUCAUCAGGUUAUCACUUUCUGCCAGGAUCAGAGGUUUGCCCUAAUUCAAAGGAAAAGUGGCAGCAUUGUAUUUUAAGGAGAAAAUGUGGGAUAGUAGAUCUUGUUGCAGUCAUUUUAGAAAACUCAACCUGCCACCACAUCUGUAAAAUGGGACGGCGAGGCUUACACUCAGACUGUGGUUUAGUGAGAACCAACUGCAUAGAGCACGAAAAGAACCCAGGACAGGUCAGGCACCCAGAGGCGCCCAGGGUUCUGACUUCCCUCUCUCCUCCCCACUCCAAGACCAAGCAAUGGCCACAGUCUUGCGGGGCAUUUCUACAUCUCUCAUCCCAGCUGGUCCUCACAAGCCUGAGAGACAGACCCAGCAAAUGCACUUGUUUCACAGAUGACAAAACCAAGCACAACCGGGGUGGUGUGGACAAAAAGGGACCUGCAGUGACAGUGUCUCAGGCCUUCUCCUUCCAAGGACUGAGGCCUCGGGAGGCCACAGUAUGGGUAGAAGAGGCCCAGCCACACACUGGCUAAGGAAGAGGAAGGUGUCAAGUCCCUGUCUGUCUCCCUAAGUUGCUGACGAUAAGUGGCAGGCCACACCACCCGGCCAGUUGUCUGGGUUACCAGGGAAGACAGUAGUGUGAAAAGAGAAACACAGUGGUGCCGUGACGACUAAUGGAGAUCACUAGGUGUCCCAGUGUCCUUUGGAGUUCCAGCAUAACCUCACAGAUCUACUGCACUCUACAGUUUGUAAUUCGCUCCCCCCUCGACCCAGGUACCUUGCUGGAUCCCUUCACCAGUCCUGUGAAGGACAAAGCCUAUGUGGUUGGUGUUACUAUUUCCACCUUACAUAUGGGGAAACUGAGGCUCUGAGGAGUGAGUCACCUGCCCAGGGAUGCACAGCCAGGAUGUGGUGGCAGGCUUGGGACUGGACCCAGGCUCUUCAAUGUCCUCCAAUUUGUCUUUCUGAAAUUGCUUGGCAGGGCGUGGAGCCUGCUAGGUAGCGCCAUGAGGCUGGUGAUUGGCAGGCAGAUCUUCAUGGGGGUAGAAGCCAGAUGUUCCCCUGUCCCCAGACACUGGAGGGGGUCCCUUUCCUACUCCUCUGGGCAGGACAAGGCCAUCCAUAGCCCUUUGCUGCCUCCUUGUGGCCUCAUCCUGGGUAGCCUCAGGUCUGCAAACGUUCAAACAUCAAAAUUUAGAGCCCGCAGUCCCCCCAAGAGCAGGAGACUACAGAAGAGUGAAUAACUUGCUCAAGGUCCCAGCUGAGACACGGCGAGCACCCUGCCUCACAGCUGACCCUCAGGGACUGAGGGGCCUCCCGCCUCCCUGCCAGGAAGGGCAGCUCUGCCUGCUGGGAGAGAGGGAAGCACACGGACUGAGCCUGCUGUGUGCCAUGGCAGCCAACCACAGGGACCACCGUCCCCUUUGCAGAUCAAUCUAAGGCCUGAGAGGAGGGGGCUUGCCCAGGUCUCCUUCCCCCUGAGCCCAGGAUACUGCCUGGGACACUUUCGAUAUUUGCAACGAUCACGGGACACUCUUGGCAUUCCCGUGGGCAGGACCAGGGAUAUCACACAUCUGAAAUGCCUAGGACAGUCCAGCCCAAGGAUGAACCAUCUCGCCAAGAAGGCCAUGCCGCCUGCAUCAAAAAACACCAUGCCCUGGGUUCAGAUCUCGACUCAGCCAUUUCCUCCCAUUCCCUGCCCUGCUGGCCUCCAAUGGCACCUCGAAGGCCAGGCAUGAGACAAUGGACAGAGCAGUGCUUAGCAUGGGGCCAGAGACAGGAAGGAGGGGGCUUUUUGGAGCAGGAAGAAGAGGAGGCAUCCUGUUGUCAUCCUGUCCCUGUUACAGAUACUCUUGGUCCAGGAAAUGGCCCAGCCUGGUCUAGCCUCCAACUGUAUUGCUUCCUGACCCUGGCCAUCCCAGGAGUGGGUGAGAUGUGGGCUGGGCAUGGCUGCAGCCCUCUCACCCUCCACCCAAGGCAAGGAAAGCCCCUGAGCCAACUUGACUUCUCUGCACUGCCCUGGGCCACAAGACAGGCUUGUGUUUGGGCUCAAACAAGGCUAAAGACGGGCCUCAAACAGGACUCUCAGACCGUUCCCUGCCACUCGCCAAGCACACACAAGCACCAAACACGUUACAUUAAAGCUGGAACUGCAGGGCGCAGCCACCUAUGGGUCUCUCCACCAAAGAGGAGCGGAUCCACUGAGAAAGCCAGCAGCCUUGGUCCCACACUGUCCACACACAGGCGGUGGGUCUUGAUUCUCAGAAAACGAGUGCAGGCUGCCAGCAACCUCUCUCGGUUAAUUUGGCGGGAAUUUUUUUUCAAGAUUCACACCUAAUGUUCAGUUCAGCUUUACAACUAAAAAUAAGAAACUCCAUUCGGUUUGGGAUGAAAAAAUUCUGCAGAUGGAUGGUUGCACAACAUGAAUGUACUUAAAGGCACUGAAAUGUACACUUAAAAUUGUAAAUUUUGUUAUACAUGUUACAAUAAAAAAUGAAACUCCGACCGUUCUCUACUACAUGCCUUUGGCAUUUUACGGUUGUACGGGGGAAGAGAUGAAGAAGACAGCAAGGAGGGAACGAAGCAGAGGGCUGAGAAUCACAAAAAGGAGACAGAAGAAGGAGCAGCAAGCGCCUCCCCCUCCCAGUCCACCCAGGCCCCCCAGCUUCGGCUGCAAGUCCAGGUCCUUGCUCCAGGGCCCCGGCCCAGGAGGGGAGCUCUCUCUGCCAUCCUGCGUCCCAGCCCCUGGGUGCCACUUCUCACUCACUGGGCUGGGGGUCUGACAGAUCCGAGUUGGAGUGCAGCCUCUGUGGCAGACUUGCUGUGUGUCUGGGAACAAAGCCCUUUCCCCUUCUGGGCCUGGGUUUCCUGGCCAUAUACUAGAAGGGUCAGGGGCCUCCAGAUCUCUUCCUGCCUAAACACUGCAUGAUUCUCAGUGUAGACGUAUCUCCUGUUCACCGGCCCGGACGCAGCAGGAGUCGUGCUGCCCCGAAGGUCGCCCCGUGGCCUCCUCCGCCGACGCCCAGCCCCGGCCGGCCCGCGCACACUCCCCUUUUAUGCUCGGCGAGGGCGACUCGAAGACUGAGCCCAAGGCCCCGGGGGGCCGCAGGGCCGGAGGGCGAGGCCCAGAGCGCCCGGGACGGAGGGCGGGGCCGCGCCGGCGAGGCGAGCACGACGCGGCUCCCCGCGCCGACUUCCGGGGCCGCCGCGUCCCGAGCG